AUGAAGUCGAACAGCCAAUACCCACCCAAGAAUAGCGGCAGCUACCGAAACAACACACCAGAUAAUGACAAAGGUGUAAGUAAUGAAAAUGCCCCCAGCUACCCGCUAAGCAGCAACAGUGGGAACAUGUUCUCCAGGGGCAUGCAGGACAGGAGUUACAGCCCAUCGAAUGGAGCACCGAUGAGUCAAAGCAACAGAGGGGGAACUACCAACAAUGUUAUGAAAAAUAUGUCUAAAUCUUCCCCCAUUAAUUAUCCUUUAAAUAACCACAUGUUAUACAACCAACAUGGUAUGCUCUAUGGUAACAACGGCUUGAGCAAAAAUGGGUAUGGAAGUGCGAACGGCCAGCCAGCGAUGCAUAAUGUCAAGAUGGCAACAGCUAUGCGGAAGGCAGGUGAUAAUUUAGCCUACGAUGUAAAUGACCCCCAGAACAAACCCUUUCAUGCCAUGAAUUAUGGCAAUUAUCCCGGUAACGUCAAAGGACGGGUUGAUGAAAACGUGGGGAACUUUCCCCCAAUCCCUUAUCGAAAUGUUAUACAAAAUAAUAAUGAGGCGGUUUUAAAAAAUGGACUCAUGGCACCCGACUUGAGCAGUAAUGCUAAUGGGGGCACCACCCACAGCAUUAGCAAUGUGAAUAACAUAAAUAGAAUCAACACGGCGGAUUUUAUUUCUCGAGUGAAUGCGCCUGGCCAGUUGAAUAGCGUAAUGGGGAGGAACAUUGGCGGGAUAAGCGCUACUCCUUCUAGCAACGGUAAGGCGUUUCCAAAUAUGAACUCCAUGCAUGGCAGUAUGAACAUGUACCAUGUGAAGAAUGUUGUAGCUGGUGAGAUGGGCAGCGGGGUGCCCGAUGUAAUGAUGAUGAGCGGGAAUAAACUAAACGAAGGCACCCAUGGAAAUGUAAAUAAAGGCGUACGCCAUGUGAGCAGUAAUUUGAAUAUGAACCUGGCCCCGUUCGGAGGCGCCCACGGUUAUCCUGCGAUGGGCGGUAGCAACGGUGGUAGGAACAAUAUGCAUUUUGUGAGCGGCAUGGCCCCCAUGGGCCAUCUGAACGGCGCCAAUUACAACGUGAGCAAUUUAAAAAGUUCCAUGGGGAAUCUCAACCGAGUUAGCGCAAGUGGCAGCAAAAAUGUGAGCGGCUACCCGGGGGUGUUGAGCAACGGCCACAAGACGGAUGACGUGGAAAUUAUGCAAGCCAGUGGGAACAGCCCCAGCAGCGCAAUAACCAUUGAUUCCUCCAAAACGAAGAGCUACAGAAAGAGCAAUGGCAAAGUUAACCCAAACGAGCUAAAUGAAGCAAAGGGUAAAGGCAGCAGCAGUGUUGUUAGUAACACAGCGGCCAUGAGUAACCACCAUAGAAGUGACGUGCUGGCCACUCCAUCCCAGAUGGACCAGCAGGGGUUCCUCGUAGAAAAUGGGAAAAGCAAUCCCAACCAGGACCCGUACAGUGUACACGGCUCGGAUAACAAUUUUGACGGCAACGCAAAUGCAGGGGGAGCGGCUCAGGGCACACACAAUGUGGGUGUGAGCGUGAGCAUGAGCGUGAGCGGCGGCAUGAGCGGUGGUAUGAAUGGCGGCGCCAAUGAGCAGAAUGUGAACCUCCUAAACGGUAGGAGCUUCUUGCAAAGCGCAGGAAACAUCCCAGGAGUGCAAGACAAGAAUGGUUCUUCCCCCCAGUAUGACGCCAACAACGUCCAGGGAGAUAAAGCAGAAAGUGGGAAAACUAACAACGUCGUAGGUGACCCAAAAGAGGAGGCGAAUUCCCUGAUGAAUAACAACUGUGUUUCAUCGGAGAAAACGAAAAAGAGAAAGAGAAAGGAGAAAGGCAAGGAGCAGGGGAUGGAACAGGACACCCCCCCCAAGGGCACCAAAAGGAAGAGCAAAAGUGCGCAAAAUGGGCAGACCACGCAGAAUAGCUCUGAACAGACGAUGAUAACGAACAGUGAUGGGAAUUCCUUGCAGGACCCGGCGAGUAGCCACCUAGAUAACCCCGUAGCCAAUUUGGGGAACGGCGCAGAAACGAUUAACGACCCGUUGAAUAACAAAGUGUCGAAGAGAAAGCUAAAAGUGAAUAGUGCGGAGAAGGCAAAAGGUGACGAAAAAAAAAAAAAAAAAAAAAUGAUGGAAUUGGCAAAUGUAGGAAGUAGUUACCCAUCGGGGCAACCAAACAGCGAGGUGGGCCAAACGAGUGAAUAUCUUACGCAGGAUCGAAACGGGUUCUACAUCAGUUCGAGUGGGGCCCAUGGAAAUAUGAACAAUGGUGUGAUGGGCACACAUGGAAGUGCUAACUAUUUGAAUAACCCCGUUAGCAGGUCCCCUCGGAGUGACUACUACAGCAGUUUUAAUCAAGACAGAUUGGCGGAAGCUCCUAACGGAAGUGGCAAUUGGGGUGAAAGGGAAAAUAUAAAAACGAUGAACGGUAGCCACGUGAACGGUAGCCAUGUAAACGGUAGCCACGUAGACGGUGCAGUUAACCCUAACAUUGUGAAAGGGGGUAGGUACAACCCCAACGUGUCAACUGGGAACACCAGAAUGAACGAUUUUGUGAAUGAGCAGUUAAGAGAAAAUAACAAUGCGCAGAUGCUACGUGAUGCGCACUUGAGUAAUGGUGGCCAGGGAAUUGCACACAGUUACGUGGGGGUCGGAGCGAACAAACAGAUGGGUGAAAAUUUAACCCACAUGGAGGUGCAAAGGGGGAACAACGAAAUGUAUAAGAAGGAGCAGCUUCCACAGACGGGGCAGCUUCCUCAGGACCAAAUGAAAGUGGAACCCAAAUUUGUCUGGCUAUUUUUAAACAAAGAAUUUAGCGAAAAUAAAAAUAAAUAUGCUGCCUUCUUGCCCCUCUUUAAUAGUUACUACCCCAGCAAGCUGAACGAGUUGGUUUGCAAGUUAGAGGAGUACUCGCUGCUGAGCUAUGCGCACGUCAUGAGUGGCGCGCACGCGCUGCAGAGGAAGUACCUGGGCGGCUUAAGCCUCACCGGGGUGCCAACUGGGGAAUAUGCCACGAAUGCACCAAACGCGGCGAAUACCGCAAAUACCGCUAACGCGGCAGCUUGCGCGAGCAGUGGGUACAGAGACGGCAACAGGGACGGUCACAUCGAUAAUAAGCUGCUCAACAACAUAAAUAGCAAUUUUAAUGAACUGAUCAAAAACUUCAGCAUUGAAAGUGGGCCCGCUCCGAAGGCCCCUCUUGGAGAGGCGGAGAACGCGGGGAAGGGGAGGAGGCGCAGGAAGAGUGGCAGCAGCGCUGGGAAGGCGAAGAAGGAGAGCGGCACCAAGGAGAAGCGCGCGAAGAAGGGGACGCCCACGGAGAAUGGCACAGGUGCGCAAAUUGACAGUAGUGUCAACGCGGAGAGCAGCGCCAACGUGGAGAGCAGCCUCAACGUGGAGAGCAGCGGCAGCAUAGAAAGCAGCGCCAACGCGGAGGACAGCAUCAACCUAGAAAGCAUUCCCCACGUGGGGAGCAGCGUAAACUGUGAAAGUAGUCUCAACCAGGAUGACAGCCUCAACUGCGAAAACGACAGCGGUAAGGUAGCCAAUAAUGCGCCGAUCGGAGGAACUACGAAGAAGCCGAGGAAGCCAAGAACAAGCAAAAAAAACGCCGCCGCCAAUGGUGGUACCACCCAACUGUUAAUAAACGAACAAGGACAAAUGGUACCUGCAGGGGGUGUGCAAGGGGGGAAAGCAGCGAACAGCUAUUUUUUCAACACAAAUGGGUCUCUCUUGAGUGAAAACGGAAGUGAUGCUGUGAACCUCAUUCUGAAGAGCAACAUAGGAAAUACAGGGACGAGCCGAAUAAGCAGCAAUAACGAAUGCGGCUUUGUUUAUAAAGAAAAGGAAAUUUCAAUUGGGAAAGGAAUGCCCAGCUUAUGUGACACCUUGAGUUACCAAGGGAACUCUCAAAAGGAUGAAAAUGAGCCGCACAAACUUGGUGGCACGUUAAACGAUAUGAACGGUUCAGGUAAAAAUGGCAAAGUGAAAAAGUAUAGGAAAAAAAAAGAUAAUAACAAUAUGGCGUUAGCGGAUAGAGGAGACAUACCAACAUCUGCAAUGGACGGCACCUACAUGGAAAAUGAGAAGAAAAGGAAAAAAAAGAAGAAUGAUCUGUUGAGCAUCAAUGAGGAUAGCAUAAGUGCCCCAAAUGGGCUUAGCACCUUUUCGCAGAACGGCCACAUGAGCAUGCUGAGCGACCUCUCCGUUGAGGUGAAAGGAAACGAAAACUCGACUGAACAGACGUAUCCAAAUGGUGUAGAAGCUUCGUGUGCAGGCGAUAAUGAGGACCUUUCGGCGACUUAUCUGCUAAAUUGCAUCGUCGAAGAUUACAAUAAGGAGAUGAGCAAGAGGAAGAAAAAGGGCAUCGGUAGGCAGCCCGGUGAGUCCAAGAAAAAGGCCACAACGAAGGAGGUGGUGAAGAGGGAGAAGGCGGAACGUAGGGGGAAAAACAGGACGAAGAAGAUGCACGAUGAGGGGGAAGAAAAAGAAAAAGAAGUUGAAGAUGAAGAUGAAGAGGAAAAAGAACAAGUGGAAGGGCAGAUGGAGAGGUACCAAAAUGGGGAAAUGUACCCCCUCGAACGUGCAGGUGGUGCCUAUGCGGACAACCCGUACGGCAUCGAGAAUUCCAGUCUUCCCACGAGGAGAAGCAAACAGUUGAAGAAGCUUUUCCUUCAGCAAGGCAAUCUGCUCUACCCGCUUAUGAAGGGCUCCCCCGUUGCCAACCAUAGCUUCAGUAAAAAUAGGGGACUAAAUGUGGGCAGUGCGAUCAGUGCGACCAACGCGAUCAGUGCCAUUAAAAAGAAGUACAAACGGUUCAGCUUCUGCGUGAAUAAGGUCUUCAGAAAAAAUAACAUGAACGACGUAAUCGCCCUGAACGAAAAUUUAAAUAACAACAGAGAGCUUCUGCUCCUUUUCAAAAAGAGAGAUGUACGUAACCUAAAAAGGCUAAAUUUCUCCUUCUUUAUGACCAAACUGGAGCUACAAAAAAUAGACCUCAUUAUUAUGAAGAGGAUAUACAUCUGCGCACAGAAUAUGAAGAACCGUUUGGGAUUUACCUGCGUUAUAAAUAACGUGGAAAAAAUUGUAGACCUGUUGAAGAAAGCCUUUAGAGAUCGCCUGCAGCUGAUGUGGCCCCUGAUCGAAUUUUCCAGCAAGUAUAGGCUGGACCAGUACUUCCAUCUGUUGACAAAGAACAGGAACAGCUCGCAGUCCAGGUUUAAGGACACCCGGUUGUUCGUGCACCAGAACAUAGCCCCCUUGAUCGCCUACUUCAACCAGAGGACCAUUGACGAUAAAAUUGUGGAACACCUGAAGAGCCAAAUGAAGCCGAAGAAGAGGAGGAGGAAGAACAAGAACAAGGACCCCUUCUCGGAGGACAAAUCUUUAGACUUCCUCAAAACGAUGAACACCGUCACGUCCAACAAUUUCACGACGGAGAAUCUGCUCGACUUUGAGACGGCGCGCACCAAGGCCAGCGAGUUUGCCUUCGUCGGCUAUAACCAGAAGAGGCUCCUCACGCAGAUCACCCCCUACGACUACAAGAACAUUCUCAAUUCUGAGUUCUGCAACAAGCUGUUCACCAUAAAAUGGAGGGAACAACAAGCACUGUUUAUCAACCACCUGCAUUUCGACAUGGUCCCCGAUAAUGAAGAGACGAGGAGGCACUUCGAAAAGGUGUACAUGAGGUACAUGGGCUACAGUGAAGAGAAGUUAGCCGUCAAGAUGGAAAAUAAAGAAACGGAAGGAAAACCCAAGUCUAAGAAUGACCCUGUGGAGGGGGCUAAGAGUGAGGGCAAGCCGAAGGUCUCAAGGAAAAGAAAGACGAACAAAAGUAAUGAGGCUGCUGAGAAGGAACCCAAAGUUGCUAAACCGAGGAGGAAAUAUGAACGGGUGAAACCUAGGAAGAGUAAAAACCAGAGUGGGAAUGCAGAGGCCGACCAGGGGGUGCAGGGUGGGGAAGCGGCGCAGAAUGGGGGAGCAGCUCAUAACGUGGAAGGCGCGAUUGACGCCAGUGCCCCCAGUGACCCCGCGGCCAAGGAAAGCGCACCCAAGAGAAAGGCACGAAAACCGAGAGAACAAAAAACGAAAAGUAAAAGCAAAAAUGCUCAAAAUAAUGACCUGACCGUUUUUAAGGGAAACCCCAAUGCGGUCAUUCAGGCAUCUCUAGACUUCAUGAAUCCCAACAUGUUUACCUAA